ACAGCUGGAAGAACGGCAAUAAAUUCAACAGCACUCUUCAAUCAAUCUUCAGCUGAGAUACCUGCAGGGUCAGCAAACAUACAGUCAUGUCUAAACUGGAAAAAGCCAUUACAUCUAUAGUGGAGGUGUUUGAGGAGUGUGCUGGAACUGAUGAUGACAAAAGGAAGCUGAAUAAUGCAGAGCUCAGUACUCUGAUAAAGACUCAACUGAGCAGCGCUGAGUUUCGGGAUAAAGUGGACCAAGAAGCUGUCAAAGAAGCCCUGGAAGGAAUAGAUAAAAACCGUGAUGGCCAGGUGUCCUUCAAAGAGUUUAGCCAGUGUAUUGCUAAACUUUCCAAUGGCUACUUCAUUAAGAAGUACGGCAAGGAGAAAGGAAAAGGCAAACACUGAACUCUACUGUAUGGAUUCACAGUCGAUGGAAAAAAAAAAAAUGUUAUAUUUGAUUUGUGAUUACAAUUUUCUUGAUCAUGACAGUACUGUAUGUUUGUAACUCCUGGCUUUGCACAGAGAAAUACACUACCUAUUGUACUUGUAUAUGAAUAAAAAGAUACUAAGCAUUUA